AUGAAUAAUAAGUUAAUUCAAAGAGGUGAAGAGGACUUUCCAGUAAAAGGACAAGGGAGAGAAGGAGUGAAAGAAGGGGGAGAGGGGGUUGUCAACGUUCUCAAUGAUCACAAAGAUAUGGUUACCCUUGAGGGUUAUGUGAAGGUUUGGAUAAAUAAGCAGACAUUAAUAUCUUCAAAAGAUUGGGCUGACUCUGAAAGGUGGAUUUGAGGAUUUGAGUUGAUAAGAUGACUUCUUAUCUAAAAUGAUCGAGCAUAAAGACCAAUAAUAAUGAAAAAAUAAAUUAAAUAUAAAAUAUUCAAAUCUCUUAGGAGAAUUCAUGUUAU